AUGAAGAGCUUUGGGGUAACUUCAUUAAUUUCUCUUAGUGUUCUUUUGUUGGGCUGGGGAGAAACUGUUAUAAGUGAUGUCAAGCCUUGUUCAUCUAAGGGCACAAGGAAUGUUGGAGCUGUGGAGGAACCACUCAAGGCAGAAGAGAAAAAUAAAUCUGCAGAUAUUUCAAAACAAAAAGAACAAUGCCUUGUACCAUGUGAUGUUCAAGCUAAAAUUUUACGAGGGGAAAAACAGUAUAUGUGCAGGAAUUUGCAGAGCUCUCUUGUUGAAUAUGCAAGAAGCACAAAAAAACUGGUGAGAAACAUGAUGGAUGAUCAACAGUCUUCCUUGGAUUACCUUUCGAAUCAGGUGAAUGAACUCAUGAACAGAGUUCUUCUUUUGAAUGCAGAAGUUUUAAGAAAGCAUUUGGAUCCACUUCCUUACAAAGCAGUUCAAUCUCAUGGGUUGGAUUGCACUGAUAUUAAAGAUACCAUUGGUUCAGUUUCAAAAACUCCAAGUGGUCUGUACAUCAUCCAUCCAGAAGGAUCAAAUUAUGCAUUUGAGGUAUUAUGUGACAUGGAUUUUCAAGGAGGUGGGUGGACUGUGCUUCAGAAAAGAACUGAUGGAAUCAUUACAUUUCAGAGGACGUGGUCUGAAUAUCUGGAUGGAUUUGGUGAUCUUUCUGGGGAAUUUUGGAUUGGCUUAAGGAAGAUUUUUUAUAUAGUAAACCAAAAAGCAACCACUUUCAGUCUUUACGUGGAUUUGGAAUCAGAAAAUGACAAGCAUGCCUAUGCAUCAUAUGAUGCAUUUUGGAUAGAGGAUGAAACAUGUUCUUUUAAAAUUCAUUUGGGACGUUAUUCAGGAAAUGCAGGUGAUGCAUUCAGAGGAUACAGAAAAGAAGAUAAUCAGAAUUCGAUGCCUUUCAGCACAUUUGAUGUCGACAAUGAUGGAUGUAGGCCAGUGUGCAUUAUUAAAGAACAGCCUGUAAAGAGCUGCAGUAACUUCAGUGAUAACACUGGAUGGUGGUUCAACCAGUGUGGCCUUGCAAAUCUUAAUGGUAUUCAUCGUUACACAGGUAGAUUUCUUGCAACUGGGAUUCACUGGGAUACAUGGACAGUGAACAACAAGCCAGUAAAAAUUAAAUCAGUCUCAAUGAAGAUUCGGAGGAACUAUGACCCAUAUUUCCAUUAA